AUGGACCUGAGCGCGGCCGCCGCGCUGUGCCUGUGGCUGCUGAGCGCCUGCCGCCCCCGCGACGGGCUCGAGGCGGCCGCGGUGCUGCGGGCGGCGGGGGCCGGGCCCGCGCGGGGGCCGGGGGGCGGCGGCGGGCGGACCCUCGGCCCGGCCGCGGCGCCCGGGGCCCGCGCGGCGCGGCGCGGCGCGGGCGCGGGCUUCAGGAACGGCUCGGUGGUGCCGCACCAGUUCAUGGUGUCGCUGUACCGCGGCCUGGCCGGGGCCGCCGACGCCUCCCCCGCGGGCUCCGGCCGCCGCGGCCGCGCGGACACCAUCACCGGCUUCGCGGACCAGGCGACCCCAGACGAGUCGGCAGCGGCGGCGGAGACCGGCCUGAGCUUCCAGUUCGACUUGUCCAGCCUUCCCGACGCCGACGAGGUGGUGGGCGCCGAGCUGCGCGUGCUGCGCCGCGCGUCCCUGGCCCCCGGCCCCGGCCCCGGCGGCGCGGCUCCCCCGCCGCUGCUGCUGCUGUCCACGUGCCCCGGCGCGGCCCGCGCGCCCCGCCUGCAGCUCUCGCGGGCCGCGGAGCCCCUGGACGGCGCCCGCUGGGAGGUGUUCGACGUGGCGGACGCCGUGCGGCGCCACCGCCUGGAGCCGCGCGCGCCCGGGGCCUUCUGCCUCCGCCUGCGCGCGGUGGCGGACCCCGCGCGGAGCCCGCUGGCGCUGAGGCCGCUGGGCUUCGGCUCGGGGGCCGGGGGCGGCGAGGCGGCGGAGGAGCGCGCGCUGCUGGUCGUGUCCUCGCGCACGCAGAGGAAGGAGAGCCUCUUCAGGGAGAUCCGCGCCCAGGCCCGCGCGCUGCGGGCCGCCCUGGCCGCCGAGCCGCCGCCGGACCCGGGACCCGUCAUCGGGUCGCCGGCCGCGGGCCUCGGCGGCCGCCGGCGGCGGCGGACGGCUCUGGCCGGGGCGCGGGCUGCGCCGGGCAGCGGCGGGGGCGCGGGCCGGGGCCACGCGCGCAGGGGCCGCAGUCGCUGCAGCCGCAAGCCGCUGCACGUGGACUUCAAGGAGCUGGGCUGGGACGACUGGAUCAUCGCGCCGCUGGACUACGAGGCGUACCACUGCGAGGGCGUCUGCGACUUCCCGCUGCGCUCGCACCUCGAGCCCACCAACCACGCCAUCAUCCAGACGCUGCUCAACUCCAUGGCGCCCGACGCGGCGCCCGCCUCCUGCUGCGUGCCCGCGCGCCUCAGCCCCAUCAGCAUCCUCUACAUCGACGCCGCCAACAACGUGGUCUACAAGCAGUACGAGGACAUGGUGGUGGAGGCCUGUGGCUGCAGGUAG